AUGUCCAACCGCCUGAUUGCUCGUAAUCUAUCUUCAAAAUCGACAAAUGGCGAUACAAAUACAACGAAUGGAGCUGUAAAUCAAACUAAUAUAUCUACUUUACAACGUCUACGAGUGGUUUUUCGAGAUUAUGGUACCUGUGCUAUCAUCUUUCAUAUAGCAGUCAGUUUGCUAUCAGUAGGUUGUUGGUAUAUGGUCGUAGAGAGUGGUAUAGACAUCAAGACUUGGAUGCAAAAAAUUGGCUUUAGUGAAAAAUUUCUUCAAUCGGUAUUUACCACCAGUGCUGGAACAUUUAUUGUUGCAUAUGCAAUCCAUAAAACAACAGCAAUUCCAAGAGCUAUGUUAACAAUAUCUGUAACACCGCUGAUUGUCCGCCACCUUAGACGCAUCGGAUGGAUGAGAAAACCUGUUGUUGCUGCAUCUGCAAGCCCCAAAGUUUCUAAACCCUAA